UGUUGCUUACAGCAGAUGUCAUGUUUUUACUUUGCUUCCUCAGUCGGGCCAGGCACUUUAGCAAUGCCAGCCUGGUGUGAAUAACUUGACGUUGUGUUCAAGAUGUCCUUAAAGAGGCUCAUUCAGCAGAACCGCAAUGCCAACUGUGUGGGCUACCGUGGAAGCGCCACUCACGGCCCCUGCUUGGAACCAAUAAGCAGCUCACCACCACUGGACAACAGGAGGAUGCGGACAUUCAUAAAUUCAAUGGAAACCUUGUCUAGGGACUACAAGAAGCUUGCUUUAAGUAGAACAAGUUCAUCAGCUGACUGUUCUGGCCCUCUGAGAAAGUCACUCAAAUCCCUCAAAGCAGACAAUGAAACAUUUGGAUUUGACUUUCAGAUACUUCCAUGUCAGCCCCAAACAAAAGAUUUCGUGGAAACUUGUACUUACGUCUGCAAAGUUACAGAAGGAAGCCCUGCCUUUCUUUCUGGACUCCAGAGUGGUUACAUUUUGGCGAGUAUCAAUGGAGUGAGCACCGAAGGGCUUGGCUGCAAGCAAGUGAUGGACUUGAUAAAAUCUUCAGGGAAUCUUUUAAGGUUAGACCUUGUGAAUGAAGCCCUGAUUAUGAAAAGAAUGGAACUGGAAAACAAGUUGCAGUGUUUGAAGAAAUCAUUGCAGGAGAAGUUGGUAGAGUUCCGUUCUCUAUGUUUACAAGAACACCACCUUGUGAAUGGGGAAGAGUGUUCACCACCAGACUCCAUGGGAUUAGAAGAGUUUAACUCCUUCGGAGAUUAUGUGGGCUCAGGGUCAGCCUUGGCAAGCAAACCUCGGUUUCUCAGUGAAAGCAGCUGUUUAAGCCGCCUAAGCUCCAUGACAGUAGACAGUGAGGACAGUUUCUACUCAGCCAGCGAUUUUGAGACUUUCAGCCGGCAGUCGAGUACAGACGAUGAAUGCUUCCUGCCAAGAGACACUGAUGUCACAGUGCCGAAGACUUCACUCAGAAGGCACAGAAGUGUCCGCAUAGCUAGCAACGGGUCUGGAUCACCCUCCUGGGAUGCAGGACAUGUCUCAAGCAUCUUUGGGACUCUCCCGCGGAAAACCAGAAAGGGAAGCAUUCGAAAAAAGCUGUUGAAUUUUAUCCCUGGCCUUCACCAAGCUGUGGAAGAGGAAGAAAGUCGCUUCUGACCUUUAGAUUGGCGUCUUCUAUAUCACUGCAAAGUAGGGCAUCUGUCUUGAAAAAGAGAGAGAGAGAGAAGGCCGAGGAGGACGCUGAUCUGAAUAGAAUUGCAUGUGCUAAUUUAUAUGUACAGAUGCAAAAUCAGGAAUUAUUUCUAUAAUGUAACCAGAAUUACACAGAAUGGAUCUCAUCUGAGGGAGGAAGACAAGUAAUCUGACCCGUGGGGCUGUUGUCCUGAUACUAACUGUCCAUAGACAAAAUGUCAGGAUCCCUGUUUUCCCUCAUGUUAGUUCUUUUUCUUUAAAUCAGAUAAGACUGAAUAGCCCUUCAACUGGGAGACACCUUCCAAAAGAGGACUGUCUUCUGUGAAUGCUUCAGAGGCAAUCCUGCCCUGAGUAAAAGAGGCUGUGCGGCCUCUGCACAGACUUUUGGUGUUGCUUCAGAUCUGUGCUCUCGCCUGAAAAUUUGGGCAGCAGCCAUGGAGUAAAGUCCAAAAAGAGGAGAAAGAAACCAUUUGGAUUGAAAGAGUUUUAUUGCUGCUUGAAAGUGCCUUAAGACAACAGGAGUGGGAAUCUCUCUCUCUCUAUCUACACACACAUAUUACACACACACACACACACACACACACACACGCACAAACAUACACCCCAUAUAUACACAUAUGUAUUAUAUAUAUACAUAAUACAUACAUAUGUAUUAUGCAAAAACUACUAGGAACCUAUCCUUCAGGAGGGAACUGGCCCCUGUCCCAAGUCUUUGUUGCUCACACACACAACAAUUAGGCAUAUUUAUUUUCUAGAUUAGCAAAACAAAGGGCCACUUCACACAAUAGGUAUUAUCCACACAUUCCCUUCAUUCAGUUAUUAAGGGGCCUUAGGGCCUCUCCAGACUGGCCAUUGUUGGUGUAGGGUGAAUCAGGCCACAAAGGGUUUAUUGAAGUUGGGGAGAGGAGCAAUGUGCUAUUUGGCAUACUCCUCCUGUCUGAACAGCAAAUGGUCCUUCGUAGCCUGAUAAGCUGUCAAUUAAGCAUUUCCUUUGAUCAUUUGUGAACUGUCAAGGGAAGUGAAAUAAUUUUUUUAUUGCUCCACUCUCUUUUUGUUGCUGCCUUUCUAUUUUUCUCCCUCCCCCUGUCCCUGCUUCCCCUCCCGCUUUCUCCUCUCUCUCUCUCUCUCUAAAUCUGCAGUCAUUAUGAAAUGACUGCAGAUUUGGAAAUUGAGGCUUUUAGAGGCUGCUGUCUCCUGGCUAAACAGUGAACAUGCCAAAAAGAAUGCAUGCCCUACUGCUGGGCAAAGGUGUGCAACAGCUCAUAAAAGGGAAGGAUGGAUCUUUCUAAGUAGAAACACUCUCCCUAAGAAGAGGUCUUUUUUUCUGAACCAAACUGAGCCAUCAUUGAUAUAUAAACUGCAUCUAUAAGCCACCCAUUCUUGUUUUUGUUUACCUUCAUCAUCAAACUCUACUAGGAGGUAGAGUAAAUAGACACUGUCCCGGACAGCAGAUGUUUGGAGUUGGGGUGCAGAGUUAAUGUCUGGAGGUUUCUGGGAGUUGUCAUCCAGAAAAAAAAGGAAUGUUUCCAAGGUUUACUGGUGUAACAGCAGCUUGCACAGUCAUUCUUUUUUAGUCUCCUUGCCCAUUCGUGCUGUUGGAGAGGCAGUGUUGAGUGUGCCACUUGGCUUGUUCCAAGUACACUAACCUGCCUUGAUGUGUGGGGGAGAACAUUGCCCCAAUGAAGUAAAAAUCUAUUCUGUUAAUGGAAAUGGGAGUGAGUAAGAACCCCACCUUAUCCUUUGCUUCAGGAAGCAAGACCUCUUGCACGGAGCUUGGAAAGAAGUAAUAUGUUAACUUGAAGUAUAUGUCUGCUUGCAAGAAUGCUGAUUCUAGAAAUGGGCACAAACCACUGCUGUUUGAGCGGUUCGUCCCCAUCUCUAGUUGAUUCCCAAAGUAGCUCCUAAAUCUCGCAGGGAGGAGGAUAACCUCCCCUCCUCCUGUUUUAGGAUGAACCUCCCCACACUUUGUCUGUGAGCUGUUGUGCAUUGAUUCAUGUACUGCAAAACAGAACAAAACCUGCAAUGAAAAUCUAGUGUAAGUGUGGAAAUUGGUGCAAUCUCCCAAAUCAGUGCAUGUGAGAAAUUACAGUUAAUAUAUUGCUUCUUCCAUCUCGGUGUUUGGGAAUAUAAGUGUGAGAAUGUGCCAAGGAAAUGCUGGCAGCAUUGGUGAACCAGAUUCAUAGUUACAGCCUGGACAGAUGAUCACAGUGCCUGUUCUGUGAUGUUCAAAGCACAUUACGGAGGGGGGGAAUCUCUCUUUUUCUGUUUGUAAAUAAACUGAAAUUAUACAAUUUCA